UUUCUCUCUCUCUCUCUCUCUCUCUCUCGGUUUCUCAGUACAACAUCCAGAACCUCACAGCAAAUCGUGCCGCGCAAGAGUUGGCACCAACCUGACGCAUCCAUGGGGCUCUCCUUCCGCCCACAUCAUUAUUGCACAAUAUUAACAUUUAAAUGAUAUAGGAAGGAAACACCUAUACAAACAAGCGCAAAGAAAUCGGUACCUUAGGUAUUUACGGCGACGGCAUUCCACCUUUUCGGUUUAAAAACUUUUCCUAUCCGUCUUUACCCUCUCCCGCAAACCACCUCUACUUUCUCGCUGCCCAUUUUUCUGCAAAGAUUGUUAUCCCGCUCGGAGAUGUAUAUGGAUGGGGCAGUCGCCGGCAGGAUGUUUCCCGCUGUCCGAGCUCGGAGUCGGCCGCUGCAAGUGAUGCUAACCCAGAAGAAAAUUAGAGGGAGGAGGAAAAGGCGAAAGGAGUUGCUUUUGAUCCAGAUGUGCUUCAUGGGAUUUUUGCUGUUGGUCGUGUCGGGGCUUUCUUUUCUGGCUAAAGAUUCAGGUUAUGACGUAUCCAGCCACACUACUGAUGGCCGCGAGAGGUGGGGCGUACGGAAGCUUCUGCAGGAGCCCAUUGGCAACGACACAGAGGAGAGGGAAGAAAGAACUGCAAACGCCAAAAACUGCACUGAGCCAGCUCUGCACGAGUUCCCCACAGACAUCUUCUCCCACAAGGAGCGGACAGAGGGGGCGGUGGCACUGCACGUCUUCUGUGCUGUGUACAUGUUCUGUGCCCUGGCCCUAGUUUGUGAUGACUACUUUGUUCCCUCUCUGGAAAAGAUCUGUGAGCGCCUGCACCUGAGCGAAGACGUGGCGGGGGCCACCUUCAUGGCCGCCGGCAGCUCCGCUCCCGAGCUCUUCACCUCCAUCAUCGGCGUGUUCAUCACUAAGGGCGAUGUGGGGGUGGGCACCAUCGUGGGCUCAGCCGUGUUCAACAUCCUCUGCAUCAUCGGCGUUUGCGGCUUCUUUGCCGGCCAGGCCGUGCGGCUCUCCCACUGGACGCUGCUGAGGGACUCCGCUUUCUACACACUGUCCGUGACUGCCCUCAUCGCGUUUAUCCAUGAUGAGAAAGUGUCCUGGUGGGAGUCCCUGGUCUUGGUUCUGAUGUACCUGGUUUAUAUCUUGAUCAUGAAGUUCAACUCCAGGGCACAGCGCUAUUUCGAGCGGCAGAAGAAGAGCACCGUGAACCUGGCCAACGGUACAACGAGCAACGCGGACUUGGACGAUGCUAACUGCGAUGCUACGGUGGUGCUGCUAAAGAAAGCUAAUUUCCACCGCAAGCCCUCUGUCCUGAUGGUGGAUGAGCUGCUGUCAGCCUACCCUCAUCAGCUGUCCUUCUCCGAGGCCGGCAUGCGCAUCAUGAUCACCAGCCAUUUCUCUCCAAGGACCCGCCUCACCAUGGCCUCCCGCAUGCUCAUCACAGAGAGGCAGCGGCUGAUCAACAGCAGAUCCUUCACCAACGGAGACUCAGAAGUGGCAGUGAGGGUACCGGGAAGGCGAGGCGUGGAGAAUGGGCUGGGCGGAGCCGAAAGGGGGUUCAAUGGGCGAGGAGGAGGGCGGGGAGAAGACGACGGAGGAGGGGUGGAGGCCGGGAACGACACAGAGAAUGAGAAUGAGGACAACGAGAACAACGAAAAUGAUGAGGAAGAGGAGGAGGAAGAAGAAGAGAAUGAAGGACCUUACCUACCCUUUCAUCCCCCAGCUGGGGCCUGCAACAAGCUGAAGUGGCUGGGCGUGUGGCCGCUGUGCCUGCUGCUCUUCUGCACUGUGCCCAACUGUGCCAACCCACGCUGGGAGCGCUGGUUCAUGGUCUCCUUCAUCACCUCCACCCUGUGGAUCGCCGGCUUCUCCUACAUCAUGGUUUGGAUGGUGACAGUGAUUGGGUACACACUGGGCAUUCCUGAUGUCAUCAUGGGCAUCACCUUUCUGGCAGCUGGCACCAGUGUUCCUGACUGCAUGGCCAGUCUCAUCGUGGCACGACAAGGUCUGGGUGACAUGGCCGUCUCCAACUCCAUUGGCAGCAAUGUGUUUGACAUCCUGGUGGGGUUGGGUGUGCCCUGGGCCCUGCAGACCCUGGCCAUAGACUACGGCUCUUAUAUUCAUUUGAACAGCAGAGGACUUGUCUUUUCUGUGGGACUUCUGCUGGCGUCAGUAUUCCUCACAGUUGUGGGCGUGCACUUGAACAAAUGGACCCUGGACCGGCGACUGGGCCUCAUAUGUCUGCUGAUGUACGCCGUCUUCCUCUGUUUCUCCAUCCUCAUCGAGUUCAACGUCUUCACCUUCGUCAACCUGCCCAUGUGCCGCGAGCUCCUCUGAUACCCCAGGAAGACGGCGGCUCGCGUCUCCCUCCGGCUUGCGCAGAUUUCCCUUUUUUAUUUAAAUUAUUCGAUUUUUUUUUAUUAUUAUUUCUAUUUAACUUUUGGUGCAAUACGAACAAAGGCUCUGUGUGCCUGUUUGAGGGAGCUGCAGAGAGGAGGAAGGCAGGGGGAUAUCUGUGACUCUUGAUGAGUAAACACACUCAGACAGGACAGAAACACAAAGAUAUUUUUGUUGACUACUGCCUGCUUUGAUGUGAACAGGAUCCUUUUGGAGUUUUGUAUGGGUGAAUCCACCUGAAUUAUUACUACCAUUAACACUAUUGUAUUUUGUAAAGAAAUUUGUUUUAUUAGCUGCUACCUGGCUGGUGAAGAAGCUGGACUGAAGAGAAUGCCCUACUGGAUUAUCAUUUUGAUGAUGAUUUUUAUUAUUGAUGCUUAUCACUAUUUUGUGUUUGGGGAAUUUACUAAGACUAAGACUAAACUUUGGGACUAGAUGAAAGGUACAGGUGACCUGAUGUAUAUAUCUGUUGUUGGCGAUGAUGUGGUUGAAGUUUCAACUCCAGAUCCCUCUUCUUGAUUGGGGCCCGUCCAGCCCUUCCUUCGCAUGUUGCCAGUGCAGAUGAGCCAGGGUGCAGGGGUAUUCCAGGUAAAAUGCCAGGGCUUUCUCUUUGUCUUUCUGUCACUGGGGUGAAGAACCUUUCUGUCCACUGAAUUUAAAUCAUUCAUGGUCAGUCAAACGAUGGAGCACGUGUGCACCCAUCUGUAUGCAUAUGGCUAGAUCUUGCUCAGAACAGAAUAAAGGCCCUUUUUGAUUGUAGUAAUGAGGAAAACAUCACUACUUUGUGGUUCUGAGACUAGGCAUACCAGUGUUGGAUGCUACAUCCUGCUUUUUAAAUGUUUGCUACCUGCCCCAAAGCUGCUGGCUGUAAGAAGGAGCUACAUCGUGGCUGAUAAUGUGGAUUGCACAUUAUCCUGCUUACACAUUUUUUUUUUUUUUUUGGCUUUCAUUUCCUGUGUAUGUUGUGAGGCAUAGUAUUUAUUUAUCUAUUGACCACUAUUCACACUGUAUGCAGUGGUCUUGCUUGCUUUUGAUUUUUUUUUUUCCAGAAAUACUUAAUCUACCCAAAGCUGUCCCAAAGAAGAGAUCACUCUGGAGUCUCAGUCCAGCACGGUCACUUUAUUGUACAGAGCUUGUUGUACGACUCUUUUGUACUACAUCCUGGGUUCUCUUGUUGUUGACUGUUUAGUGGCCCUAUUUUGGCUAUUUCCUCACAUAAUUUCUAACUCAACCAGCAUUUUCUCUAUUUUCACAGUUAACUGUUAACUGUCGAGAUGAUCUACUUAAAGGUCAGCUGGAUUCCAGUUAUAACAAUUAAGAAAGGCAAAGUUGCGCACUGAAUUGGCUGUUGGGCAUCAGCUAAUAGCCUUGUUCCAUGAAGGGCUUGCUUACUCCUGGAGGGUUGUGAGUUGUGGUUUGAGUGCAAUAACCCCAAUGGAUCUGGUAAAAUGGAGCAGGUCUCACUUUGAGGACUCUGGACUAGCCUGGUUAGAAGGCCAUUUUUUAUGUCUUCAGCCUUGGGUCAAGAGUUCACAAUACAUUACAGUGACAGAAAUUAGACCACUCUACUGAUCACAAAACAAAACACUCAAGGUAACUUUGAUCCUCGAGGUAAGAACCCUAUUUCAGGUAUUUGUUCGACAACAAUCAUGUCGAGCUUGGAGAACACCAAACUUCAUGUUUGCUCCAUCACAGUCUAAUGUGGGCCAGGUGUCUGGUAUUGAACGAGCCCGGAACACGACUACUGGGGUUCUGCAAGAGCAGGGUUCAGAGCUCCAUGUGAGCUCAGUGGACUUUCCCCUGGAGAGGCAGUCAUUUCGCUAGGCCACACUGAGACACUCGCGGUGGGCAUUGACACAGAGUUGACCAAAGGCCUCUUCUUAUUCUUCUAAUGGCGGGAGAUGGGGACUACCUAGCGGGCAUUUCUGCUGACAUCUGGACAAUGACAGGGUCCCAGGAA